ACUUCUAUAUACUUGACUGGUUAUACUUGAUUGAUUUGAUUCUAAAUCAACUGUCAGUCGAAGAAGUUUUUAUACUUCUGAGAUAACUUGACCGAAAAUUUUGAAAUACAACAAAAAUAUGCAUUUUUAGUUUACUUACUUUUGCCUACCAUGUCGCUUCAAUAACAUUUUUUAAAUAUUAUGUUGUAGUAUCAAAAGCGGCGCUGGAGAAACACCUUAUAUCCACCAACAGUAGUUGCGUGCGACUCAACCUCCUCACGUGGGACUGCAACGGAUGUCCCUUGAUCCACUUUAUCAUCUCUAUCAAAGGAUUCGAAGAAUUUUCGUGGAGGUCUGAAACAGCAGAGUUGGAACCUCAUCCGUUCGUCUUUUGCGAUCUGCAGCCGGCCAUGUGGUACCAUUUGAGGAUAGUCGCAACCACCACCGCUGGCGUGACAACAGCUACAUAUUACUUUUCAACGCUCACAGAAACUGGUGAGCGCAUCCCAGCUCCGGCGCAGUUCCCGGCGCACGGGCCGGCGGGCGGGGCGGGCGGGGCGGGUGCGGGCGCGCUGGCGCUGCUCGCCGCCGCCGCCGCGCUCGCCACCGCGCUGCUGCUGCUCGCUGUUAUUGUGUACAAAAGGAGCACAGCGAAAUGCUUUAGGAAGGGCUACGAGCCGAGCAGCGUGUCAGAAGAAGACAAGUCGGUGGAGAAGAGAGAUAACAGGAGAAACUGCCAGCAGGUGUACACUUCGUCACCUAUCAAGUCUAGUAAAAAGGAACAACAGGGUAAGCAUAAGUUCACAAAAUAAUGAAAAUAAAAUAAAAAAGGUAUGCUUUGUGCCAUUCAUAGUAAAAAUAAAUCUAUAUUUUUAUUUUUUAUUAACGCAAUCCUAAAAACAAUAUUUUUUUUAACAUAGGUAAAUCUAAACCAUCGUGCAUCGUUACA